UACGUCUCGCAGGGCAUCUUGGGAAUUGUAGUUUGAUUUGCUCCCGCUAGCCAAUGGGAUUCGGGGAAACAGGACGAGCAUGAACUCAUGGAUGGGAACAACAGAGUGGGCCGGAGAAGGUGGGACCUCACCGGAAGCGGGCCCAAUAACCAGUAAGGGGUUCCUGACGUCAUCAUCACGCGCCGGAAGUGCUGCUUACUCGGAACCCGGCCGCUGAUAGCAAGCAUGGCUGGUUUCGCGGAGCUCGGGCUGUCAUCGUGGCUCGUGGAACAAUGUCGGCAGCUGGGUUUGAAACAACCCACGCCAGUGCAACUCGGCUGUAUUCCUGCCAUCCUGGAAGGCCGGGACUGUUUGGGCUGCGCCAAGACUGGUAGUGGCAAGACAGCGGCCUUUGUCCUGCCCAUCCUGCAGAAGCUGUCCGAGGACCCCUACGGCAUCUUCUGCCUCGUCCUGACCCCCACCAGGGAGCUGGCCUACCAGAUUGCAGAGCAGUUCCGGGUGCUGGGGAAGCCACUGGGCUUGAAGGACUGCAUCAUCGUUGGCGGCAUGGACAUGGUGGCCCAGGCGCUGGAGCUGUCCCGGAAGCCCCAUGUGGUGAUCGCCACGCCGGGGCGCCUGGCCGACCACCUCCGCAGCUCCAACACCUUCAGCAUAAAGAGGAUCCGCUUCUUGGUGAUGGACGAGGCGGACCGGCUGCUGGAGCAGGGCUGCACGGACUUCACCGCAGACCUGGAGGUCAUCCUGGCGGCCGUGCCAACCCGCCGGCAGACGCUGCUCUUCAGCGCCACGCUGACCGACACCCUCCGGGAGCUGCAGGGCCUGGCCACCAACCAGCCCUUCUUCUGGGAGGCCCAGGCCCCGGUGCGUACCGUGGAGCAGCUGGACCAGCGCUACCUACUGGUGCCCGAGAGGGUCAAAGACGCCUACCUGGUUCACCUGGUCCAGACCUUCCAGGACGAACACGAGGACUGGUCCAUCAUCAUCUUCACCAACACGUGCAAGACCUGCCAGAUCCUGUGUAUGAUGCUGCGCAAAUUCAACUUCCCCACGGUGGCGCUGCAUUCCAUGAUGAAGCAGAAAGAACGCUUCGCCGCCCUGGCCAAGUUCAAGUCCAGCAUCUACCGGAUCCUGAUCGCAACGGAUGUGGCCUCCCGGGGCCUGGACAUUCCCACGGUGCAGGUGGUUAUCAACCACAACACCCCAGGACUCCCCAAGAUUUACAUCCACCGCGUCGGUCGGACGGCCCGGGCAGGACGGCAGGGACAGGCCAUCACGCUGGUGACGCAGUAUGACAUCCACCUGGUGCAUGCCAUCGAGGAGCAGAUCAAGAAGAAGCUGGAGGAAUUCUCUGUGGAGGAGGCCGAGGUGCUGCAGAUCCUCACGCAGGUCAACGUGGUGCGGAGGGAGUGUGAAAUUAAACUGGAGGCGGCCAACUUCGAUGAAAAGAAGGAGGUCAAUAAGCGGAAACAGCUGAUCCUGGAGGGGAAGGACCCCGACCUGGAGGCCAAGCGCAAGGCCGAGCUGGCCAAGAUCAAACAGAAGAACCGGCGCUUCAAGGAAAAGGUGGAGCAGACGCAGCAGAGGCAGAAAGGCGGCGGGGCUGGCCGCAAGGGGCGACCGCCCAAGGCCCACGGGGACACAGCAGCCACCCAGGGCCCAGCCUGACCCCACCCGGUCCCCCACCUGCCAGUCUGAAACUCACAGAGCUGAGCUGAGGGGUCUCCCUCCCAGGCUGCCACAGAGCAGCUCCUAAGAUGAGACCGACUCUGUGUACCCUAACCCGGCCCAGGGGACAGCAGGGACCCCAGGGGACAGCAGCGGCCAUACUGGGAGGCCCCAAUAAAUUAUUUUGUUUUCUUAA